AUGGAGAUCUACGGUAUGCUAGGUGAGAAAUUGGGAACAAUAGGUAAGGCUGAGAAGAUGGCUGGGGACAAGGCUGAAGAAGCGGAUCUCCCCCAAUGGAAGAAGGAUUUUUUGCAGAAACCCUCCAUCUCAGUACGGAAAGGCAUUGCUUGGGGCUACACUCCUCCCUAUGAAGACACGGAUACGCUUGUCCUGUCAUCUGCACAGUCCUUGUUCGUCGACAUCAGAUUUCCAAGGAAGCGACAGUUAUCAAAGCCAAUAACAUCGGACCCUUCAUUCUGGGCGUUCUCUGGAACUUCCCACAUGACAUUUGCCCCCUUUACUGGUGAUACGACUACGAUGCCUUACUCAGCGCACUGCGUGUGGAAGCACGAGAUCGACUCAAAGGGGCCAGGCAUCACGGACGAAGGGGAUUUAUUUUUGCUUCCUAACGGCGACUGCAUGGAAGUGGGGAUGAUGCAAAACCCGCAGACUGGCAAGAUUGAAAUGUACAAGGAAUAUUGGACAGGGCCACCAACCCGAGUGACACCAACAAGUGCUACAAUGGAUUCCCGCACACCCUGUGUCGCUGCGACGACACAAGCCAAACCGGAUGAUCAGGAGGUCCAGGGCUCUUCACCGCAAGAGAGCGGAGUCAUCAUUCGUAUAGGGGAUUAUUGUCAAGGCAUCAUGCGUCAGCGCACAGGAGAAUCCGGUUCGCCUGAAGGAAAUGCUGUUCUAGUUGAAAGAUGGACUCGCAGUCUCGUCGAAGCUGAUCUCAAGGCAAUCAAUACCGGUACUUCGGAAGAACACGACCAUGCAGCAAGUUGGGUUCAGGACUGGCGCAGUAACACGCCCUGUGACAACGGAGUUUUCAUGCCAUGUAUGUGGUUAUGCGACGGAAAUAGGAAGCUCAGAGAUGAGAUCAUGGUCAAGGGCGUCACCUGGAGAGUUGUGGAAGUAGUGCCUGAGAAAGCGGCAAAUGAGGAGACUUGA